AUUAGUUGACCUCGCGACGGCCGAAGAAAGGAUUUUCGAUCGAAACGAAACCGAAAAAAUCCGUUCGAAUAAAAUUCCGUGCGAGAUUCGUUUUUGACGUUUCUCAUUUGACAGUUCUAAAAUAACGGCCUCGAUCCGCGGUGUUUACGGUCUCCGGGAACGGAUUUCCGCGGAUAUUUAGCCGUUUCAGAGACUAAAAACGAUCCGGGUGGUGUUUUCAUAGUGUUCCAGCUGUGUGUUAACGUUUUCUUGGCGAAGCGGACGUCGCGGGAUACCAAAGAAAGCGCGCAAAAGAAGCGAAAAUGAGGGGAAACGCCGGUACGAAGCAAAAGGAGACGUCCACGGCGAUUUCUGGCACAAAGACGACGGUAUAAAAGUAUUGCGUUUAGGGGUGCAGCAGGAGUAAGGGCGGAAUCGCACCGCCAUCACCAUCACCACCCCCAUCACCACCACAACACAAGUCAGAACCACCAAACCACCGGCCCACACGCCGGUGGAAGGGCCUGCGACGUGAGGCGCGCGUACAAAGCUGCCGUGGAGCCCUGCAAAACUGGGCGGAGGCGUGCCCGUGGCAUGAGCAUGGGUCAGAAGGUCUCAGGUGGCGUGAAGGCCGUUAAUAGAGAUGCGGCUGCUCCCUUUAAGUCUGUGAUACCGAGAGAACUGGCGCAAGACUUCGCCCGACCGCAGAGGCUCGACAUGCUCCUCGACAUGCCCCCGGCGCUCCGCGAAACUCAACUCAAACACAGUUGGAAUGCCGACGAUCGUUCCCUCAAUAUUUUCGUGAAAGAGGACGAUAAAUUAACCUUCCACAGACAUCCCGUUGCCCAAAGCACCGAUUGCAUUCGGGGUAAAGUUGGAUUUACGAAAGGUUUACACGCGUGGGAGGUGUGUUGGUCAACACGACAAAGAGGAACACACGCGGUGGUCGGAGUGGCGACAGCAGAAGCCCCGCUACAUUCGGUGGGUUAUCAGAGUUUAGUCGGCAGCACGGACACGUCUUGGGGUUGGGAUUUGGGCCGUAACAAAUUAUAUCACGACUCGAAGAACAACGCCGGCGUCACGUAUCCCGCUUUAUUAAAACCGGAUGAGACGUUUAUUGUUCCCGAUAAAUUCCUUGUUGUCUUAGACAUGGAUGAGGGCACCUUAAGUUUUGUCGUUGACGGCCAGUAUCUUGGCAUCGCCUUUCGCGGCCUCAAAGGGCGAAAAUUAUAUCCCAUUGUUAGUGCGGUUUGGGGACACUGUGAGAUUACCAUGAAAUAUAUCGGCGGAUUAGAUCCUGAACCAUUACCGUUAAUGGAUUUAUGUAGAAGGAUUAUUCGGCAACGUUUGGGUAAACAAAACUUAGAAGAAAAAGUGACUAGUUUGACGCUUCCGCAAGCACUCCAAACGUAUUUAUUGUACAGAGACCGCAGAUAGUGUACUAAAUCGAAGAGGAGGAGAAAUAAUCGUUGACACACAAAAAAAAAGGAAACACGAACUCCGGUUAUUAUUUUCUCUCAUUUUUUUGUUCGUUUUUGUCGUUAAGCCUAAAGACUCUCGGUGAUUGACGAGUGAUUCGAAAAAAAUUAUUAUUUGAAUGAAUGAAGGGAUUUUUUUGUUUUGUUUUUCAACGAGGGAGAAUCGGGGGCGAAGAUGUGAAUAAAAAAUAGACUUUCUUUUGGUGCGGGAAGAAAACGGAAGCAAACAAAGAAGAAAAAAGUUAAAUGUGUGUACACAUGAUCUCUUUGUUGUAUUACAGCAUGGAAAAUGAUGCGAUUAAAAGAAAAGAUGAUUUCAAAGAGAAUUUUGGUCGUCUCCUGUACAUAUAUACAUAUUAUAAUAAAUAAUCUAAAGUCUU